CUACCUAUGGCAAAUGUGGCCAUGAUCGACUAUACCCUGGAGUUCCUAACGGCAACUGGAGUAGAAGAAACUUUUGUUUUCUGCUGUUGGAAGUCAGCUGAGAUAAAAGAGCAUUUGCAAAAGUCCAAGUGGUGCCGCCCCACGUCUCCCAACACAGUACGUUUUGUGACUUCCGAUCUGUACCGCUCGCUUGGUGACGUACUGCGAGACGUCGAUGCCAAGUCCCUCGUUCGUUCUGACUUCAUCCUUGUCACUGGGGAUGUGGUGUCCAACUUCAAUGUGUCCAGAGCCCUGGAAGAGCAUAAGUUGCGUCGUAAGAUGGAGAAGAAUAUUUCUGUGAUGACGAUGAUUUUCAAAGAGUCCUCGCCUGGUCAUCAUGCCAGGUGCCAUGAGGAUGACAUCAUUGUUGCUAUGGACAGCGCCACAAACCGUGUCCUUCACUAUCAGAAAACCCAGGGGCUGAAACGCUUCCGCUUCCCGAUGAGUGUGUUCCAGAACUCAGUUGAAAACGUUGAGGUGCGCCAUGAUUUGCUGGAUUGUCAUAUCAGCAUCUGCUCUCCACAGGUGGCUGAGUUGUUUACAGACAAUUUUGAUUACCAGACACGGGAUGACUUCGUGCGUGGCUUGCUGGUAAAUGAGGAGGUCCUGGGGAACCAGAUCCAUAUGCAUGUAACAACAGAACAGUAUGCAGCCCAUAUAUGCAACCUGCUUAUGUACAAAGCUGUGUGCUCUGAUAUCAUCCGACGAUGGGUUUAUCCUUUGACUCCAGAAAUGAACUUCACUGAUAACAAGAAUCAGAAUUACACCCAUUCUAAACACAACAUCUACCGAGGAGUGGAUGUCAGCCUCGGCCACGGCAGCGUCCUGGAAGAGAAUGUCCUCAUUGGGCAGGGGACAGUCAUUGGCAGCAACUGCUUGAUAACCAACAGCGUCAUCGGGCAGAACUGUAGGAUAGGUGACGGAGUCCGUUUGGAUGGAGCCUUUCUCUGGGACAGAGUUCACAUAGCAGAUAAUGUGGAAAUCUGCCAUUCUGUUAUCUGUGAUGAAGCUGAGGUGAAGGAGAAAGUAAAGCUAAAGCCUCGCUGUGUCCUUUCUUCUCAGGUAGUAGUAGGUCCUGACAUCACCCUCUUUGAGGGCACAGUGAUCUCUCUGCACCCACCAGAUGAGGAGGAAGAGGAUGAAGACCAGUUCAGUGAUGAUUCUGGUGUGAACAAGAUUGAGAGCAAAGUGAAACUGAAAGGUUACAAUAAAAAGGAUGUGGGCUCAGAGGGCAGAGGCUACCUGUGGAAAGCAGAUGACAAGAAUGAAGAGGAUGAAGAAGAGCAGAGACAGAGCCUGUGGGGCCCUACCCUGCAUUCGGAGGAAGAGAGCGAGUCGGACAGUGACCUGAGCUUGGACUCUGAGGAGCCUGACAGUCGGGCCACAUCCCCACAGCUGGAUGACAUCAAAGUUUUCCAGAAUGAAGUUCUGGGUACAUUACAGAGGGGCGAAGAAGAAAACAUUUCCUGUGACAACCUGGUCCUGGAAAUCAACUCUCUUAAGUAUGCCUAUAAUAUUGGCCUGAAGGAGAUGAUGCAAGUGCUGAGUAAAGUGAUCCUGGAGUUCCCAUUGCAGCAGCUGGAUGCAAACUUGGACUCCCAAAACUAUUUCUCAGCAUUACUUCCUCUGUUGAAGAACUGGACCCCGUUGUUCAAGAACUACAUAAAACGGGCGUCAGAUCACUUGAAUGCCUUAUGUGCCAUUGAGGAAUUCUUCCUGGAACACGACAGCCUCUGCACAUCAAUAGCUAAAGUGCUGAUGACAUUUUACCAGCUGGAAAUCCUGGAAGAAGAUGUAAUUCUGAAUUGGUUCUCUCUGCGGGACACAUCUGACAAGGGAAGGCAGCUUCGUAAGAACCAGCGACUCCAGAAGUUUAUCCAGUGGCUGGAGGAGGCAGAAGAAGAGUCGUCUGAUGGCGACCAAGACUGACGUGGUGGCUUGGCAUGAAGAGAGGCACUCGCUGCCUUUCUGGGCCGAGUGGGCAGGGCGAGAUCAAUGCCAGUGCAUGGUGUGUAGAUGCGGGGCCUGACAUCAGUGACUGACAAUCCCAUCGUUAAUUAUGUUGUGAGUUUCCAACUCUGCCCC